AUGGCCACCCGCUGCCAAUUCGAAAACAGCAACGAGAUCGGCGUGUUCUCCAAGCUCACGAACUCGUACUGCCUCGUCUGUGUCGGCGGGUCCGAGAACUUUUACAGCACGUUCGAGUCGGAGCUCGCCGACCACAUCCCCGUGGUGCACGCGAGCGUCGCUGGCUGCCGCUUCGUGGGCCGCGUGGCGGUAGGCAACAAGCGCGGUCUGUUGCUGCCCAGCACGACCACGGACCAGGAGAUGCAGCACAUCCGGAAUGCGCUGCCCGACUCGGUCGCGGUGCAGCGCGUGGAGGAGCGACUCUCGGCUCUGGGCAACUGCAUUGCGACGAACGACCACGUGGCGCUCGUGCACACGGACUUGGACCGGGAGACGGAGGAGAUUGUGGCGGACACGCUCGGGGUCGAGGUCUUUCGCCAGACCGUGGCGGGCAAUGCCCUCGUGGGGAGCUACAGUGCUCUGUCCAAUCAGGGCUGUCUCGUCCACCCCCGCACGAGCGUCGAGGACCAGGAAGAGCUCAGCUCUCUACUGCAGGUGCCCGUCGUGGCUGGUACAGUGAACCGUGGCAGUGACGUCAUUGGUGCCGGUCUCGUGGUGAACGACUGGACAGCGUUCUGCGGGCUGGACACCACGUCCACUGAGAUCUCGGUGGUCGAGAGCAUCUUUAAGCUUCAGAACGCCCAGCCGGCUUCCAUUGCGACGACCAUGCGCAGUGCGCUCAUUGAUUCCAUGACGUAA